AUGCCCUCUUACGCACUCACAGAUCUUUACACCACUCCUUUUGCACCUCCACCCGCAUAUCAUCAACUCUCUCAUCUCCCUUCACGUCAACCCACAGAGACAGUGUCAGAAGGAGUGGAAGAUUUCGAGAUGGAACCAGAGGAAGUUAGGGUCAAACGUACUUAUCGCGCUUUGGCCACUGGUACAGAAAAGAUUUAUAUGGCUAUAGCCGCCUUUGAAGCCUUUGUCGUCUUCUGCAUAGCGUUCACUGUUUUCGGUUUAGUGGAGGCUACGAUCAAAGAACAAAAUUCAAAGACAAGGACAGUUCCUGUAUAUCUUGCCGUCUUCAUCUUUGCUCAGAUAUUUUCACUCCUUUACGUCUUUGAUGGAUUGAGAGGGAGGAAUAUAGUACAACUAUGCUUACAUCUCUUCUUCAACGUCUGUAUAUUAGUCUAUUCAAUCUUACAGAUACCGCAGACUAAAGACGCCCUCGACUCAGCACCACAAGACGCUUGUGGGUCAUAUCAAAGAUGCACAGGUCCACACUCGUUCUUCAACUUACUACGAAAACUCUUCAUUGUGACACCUAUCGUCCUGGGAUUAUCCACCAUUGCUUUUGCCGCUUUGAUCAGGAGAUUACAUGUUCAGUUCGGGUGGGCGGUGUUCCACCUCGUUGGAGCUUCACCGAGGAUGAAGAGGAUGCACAGAGAGUACCAGACGUUGAUCAGCUUGUUGAAAUUGUUGUUAUUCUUCGCUAUGGCCUUUUGCAUUGCCUACCUCAUCCUCGACACCAGAGGCAUACAUCGAAACACUCCUGAAUUCGUCUUGACUAUCAUAGCUUUACCUGUGGUACCCAUCUUGAUGCUGGCCUGUGGGUGGGCUUUGAGAGCGGAGAAUAAGCCGAUAAUGGGGUUGAGUUUGGGAGUCAUGAUUGUUGGUCUGGGAUAUUUCGUAUACAAACUAGCUUCUAUGUUCCUUCCUCGAACCUCGUGGUUGUACGUCAACACCCGGGUUACCUUGGCCAUGUUUUCAAUUUUCUCCAUCAUCAUCCUCAUCGUGACGUUUAUUUAUGGUUGUAUAUGUAUGAGUAACUUUGGUAAAGGUUUAGUUGAAGCGCAUCGCAAUCCCGAGAAUAGAACUUCAUUAUGGGGAUUACCUCAACAAAUUAAAUUCCAAGAAAAGAUGAAAGCUCAACAAGAAGGAACAGAAGGACCAAUGAUGAGUCCCAUGAUUAUUGAUUAG